GUUGCCCUCAGUUGAAAAUAAAACUUCGAAGAGUAAAAUUGUGUACAGCGAAGGGAAGUGAAAACCAAAAACAUUUUUAACUUUCUUGUUGAACUCAGAAAGUCUUAAAUAUUUUUAUUUGAGUGUAAAGAAAUAUAAUAAAUUCGAACAAAAAUGGCAAUUGUUCCACUACUAGCAAACUUGGCUCGUGAAUUCGAUACCGAAUAUAGAGAUUUGGAACACUACUGGGAUGAUGAUUUCGGUUUCGGUAUACAUCCAUUGGAAAUUUUCCGACCGAUGCGUCAUGGUCAUUCGUUAAUGCUACAGCCACGUCGUCGCCAUUAUCCAUACGAUCGCGCACAAGUGUUGGCGCGUCGUUCCGCACGUUUGGGCAAGGAUACGGCUGAAUGUUCAUCGUUAAUACCCACUGUCGGCAAAGAUGGCUUCCAGGUGUGCAUGGAUGUGUCGCAGUUUAAGCCAAACGAAUUGACCGUUAAAACUGUAGACAAGACGGUGAUUGUGGAGGGUAAACAUGAGGAACGUGAGGAUGACCAUGGCAUGAUACAACGACACUUUAUUCGCAAAUACACACUGCCGAAAGAUUACGAUCCAAAAGAUGUGGUGUCUACAAUCUCAUCGGAUGGUGUACUCACUGUGAAAGCACCACCACCACCAAGUAAGGCUAUUAAAGCGAAUGAACGCGUCGUACAGAUACAACAGACAGGGCCGGCACAUUUGAGCGUCAAAGCACCGGAGGAAACUAAUAGCGAAGGCAAGGCGAAAGAGAAUAGCGAUAAGAAAUCUGCAAAAUGAGUGAAUGCAUAUGUGCAGAAGAAGUUGCGUUAUAAAAGCACCAUAUAAAAAUUCGUCACCUCACACUUCAUCAUCAACAUUUCUGGUCAUUGCCACUCAUUUAGUUUAAGUCGACUAAAAGCUAUUCCAUCACUAAGCAUUUAAUGUUCCAGUGUUUUAUAAUAAAUAAGAAAUAUAUACUUUGUAUUUUCUUUUUUUUUUUUUUGUAAUACAAAAUUUUCGGUGACUACUGUGUAGUAAAUACUAUGAGAGACACUCGUUUGUAACCGAUAUUUGUUUGUCAAAUAAAUAAGUUGUUUGUACGUUUUAAAAAAUCAAA